CGUUUUCUUACCGGCUCGCAUAGAUCUCAAACUUUCAUUUUUCUUUUUCGUCUCGCUGAAAAAAACCCAAAACCUCCUCUUUCGUGACCCAAAACCCGCAAUCUUCACCGCACCACCAUGGGAGUCCCGGCGUUUUACAGGUGGUUAGCGGAUCGGUACCCGCAAUCAAUCGCCGACGUUAUUGAGGAAGAACCGAGAGAAGACGGAAACGGAAAUCAAGUGCCAGUUGACGUCUCGAAACCUAACCCUAACGGCCACGAAUUCGAUAAUCUUUAUCUAGAUAUGAACGGGAUUAUUCACCCUUGUUUUCAUCCCGAUGGCAAGCCUGCACCAGCCACUUAUGAUCAUGUGUUCAAAUCUAUCUUUGACUAUAUUGACCACCUUUUCUCAUUGGUUCGUCCUAGAAAGCUUCUGUAUAUGGCAAUUGAUGGUGUUGCUCCUAGAGCUAAAAUGAAUCAGCAACGUACUCGACGUUUUAGAGCUGCAAAAGAUGCUGCCGAGGCUGAAGCUGAAGAGGAGAGAUUGAGGAAAGAGUUCGAGGCUGAAGGGAAGGCAUUGUCCCCCAAGGAAAAACCUGAAACAUGUGACUCAAAUGUUAUAACUCCUGGCACUCCAUUUAUGGCUGUGUUGUCUGUAGCCCUUCAGUAUUAUAUACAAUCUAGGUUGAAUCACAAUCCUGGCUGGCAGAAUACAAAGGUUAUUCUUUCUGAUGCGAAUGUUCCCGGUGAGGGAGAACACAAGAUUAUGUCAUAUAUUCGGUUACAACGUAACCUUCCUGGCUUCAACCCAAACGCACGACACUGUCUGUAUGGCCUGGAUGCAGAUUUGAUCAUGUUGUCCUUAGCUACACAUGAGAUUCACUUUUCAAUUUUAAGAGAGGUGAUCACUCUUCCUGGACAACAGGAAAAAUGUUUUCUUUGUGGUCAAGUUGGUCAUCUGGCAGCAGAGUGUACUGGUAGGCCAGAUAAUGGGAACAAAGAAUGGAAUGCUGUGGAUGAUACACCAAUUCACAAGAAGAAAUAUCAGUUUCUUAACAUAUGGGUGUUGCGAGAAUAUUUGCAAUAUGAUUUGGAGAUCCCCAAUCCUCCAUUUGAGAUAAACUUUGAGCGAAUAGUGGAUGAUUUUGUUUUCUUAUGUUUCUUUGUGGGCAAUGACUUCCUUCCGCAUAUGCCAACAUUAGAAAUUAGGGAGGGUGCUAUAAAUCUUCUGAUGCAAGUUUAUAAAAGGGAAUUUGCUGCUAUGGGUGGUUAUCUUACUGAUGCGGGUGAGGUUUUUUUAGAUAGAGUGGAGUGUUUUAUUCAAUCUGUUUCUGUUUAUGAAGAUCAAAUCUUUCAGAAGAGGACUCGUAUACAGCUGGCAUAUGAGAAUAAUGAGCAGAUGAAGCUUAAAGCAAGAGGAGAGUCCUCUGAGGAGGCACAGGCACCCAUCAUAGAUAAGAUUAAAUUAGGGGAACCAGGAUACAAAGAAAGAUAUUAUGCUGAGAAAUUUGAUGUAUCAAAUCCUGGGGAGAUUGAAGAAGUUAAAAGAGAUGUUGUUUUGAAGUAUGUUGAAGGUUUAUGCUGGGUAGGUCGCUAUUACUACCAAGGUGUUUGCUCUUGGCAAUGGUUUUAUCCAUAUCAUUAUGCUCCAUUUGCUUCAGAUCUAAAGGAUCUAUCUGAUUUGGAAAUAACAUUUUUCAAGGGAGAGCCAUUUAAACCCUUUGAACAGCUCAUGGGAACACUGCCAGCUGCCAGUUCUAAAGCUUUGCCAGAAGAAUACGGGAAACUGAUGGCUGAUCCAUCAUCACCUAUUUAUAAUUUCUAUCCCUCUGAUUUUGAGAUUGACAUGCAUGGUAAACGCUUUGCAUGGCAGGGUGUUGUCAAAUUGCCAUUCAUCGAUGAGAAGAAGUUACUUGCUGCAACAAGAAAGCUUGAAGUUACUUUAACGGACGAAGAGAAGUUUCGAAACAGCGUGAUGCUUGAUCUGCUAUAUGUUCAUCCUCUUCAUCCUUUGGCAUCUCAAGUUAUUUAUUAUUAUCAAAUUUGCUCUCAUUUACCGCCUCAUGAAAGAUUUUUAUUGCCCAUUGACACAAAUGCUAGUGGUGGAAUGAAUGGAUUUCUUGGGUUAUCUGAAAGGAAUGGUUGGCAAGAUGUAGUCUCUUCCCCUGUUAAGGGGUUGCCACAUAUAGAACUUAACAAAGUUUUGAAUGUUACAUAUCAUAAUCCUUCACGUCAUAAACACAUUCCAGAACUUCCACAAGGUGUUGUGAUCCCCAAAAAGGUUCUAACACCUCUUGAUGUUAAACCUUUUCCUGUACUGUGGCAUGAAGACAAUGGUGGCCGGCGCCAGCAAGGCAGAGAUCGGGCACAAGUACCAGGAGCUAUUGUUGGCCCUCAGCUUGGUGAGGCAGCUCAUCGUCUCGUCAAGAAUACUCUUAAUAUCAAAUCAAAUGGCUCAUCCUCUGGGUUGUUGGAGCAACCAUCACUUUUUAAUAUCUCAAGCAACUACACAAGCAUUAGACCAAGACCUGCAGGACCAUCAGGUUAUGAAAGGGGCUUUUUCGAUGACCCAAAUCAUUAUUAUAUCAAUCGACCACGUGCAGCUGGAGCCUCAGUUUAUGAAAGGGGAUAUGGUGAUGGCCCAAAUUAUUAUGGACGAUACAAUCAUCCACAAAUGGGUAACCCAAGACAUCCCUCAUCAAAUGGUAUGCAAGUCAGAAACAACUUCUCAUCAAAUGGUAUGCAAGUCAGAAACAACUUCAGGGCACAGGAUAGGCUACAGGAUCAGGAACAUUAUCAUGAUUUGAGGACUGGAAUGUCUGCUUUGACAUCUGAGGGAAGUACCAGAGGUAGAGCACAUGCGGAGGUGUCUCUAAGGAUGCCAAAUUCUGGAUACUCACAAAAUUUAGACCAGCGGUCGGAGCAGAACACUGGUGCUCUUCCCACACCACCCAAUAAGUGGAUCAUUAAGCCAGUGAAUGUAAAUACUGGAACUUUCUUAAGACAAGAAAAUGCAUCAAGUGGAGCUUACGAGAAGCAGGUGAAGAAGGUUUAUCAGAUCAAGACUCGUCCACAGGAAAUGAUUGGUCCUGUAAACCAUCAGUGAUCACGAUUUCAGAUGGACUCGCCCUUUUUUUGACACAGGCAUGUCCAUUCAACAAUUGAAAGUUUUUAUUAGGUAAUAUUUUUCUGUAGUUCUUUUAACUUUGAUACAGUCACAUGCUACCACCUGAUCUGUCAGCAGGGAAAUUAACCACAAAAAUCUGUUUGAAUAUUCCAAUGUCGUCAUCACCUGUCAAUUUCAUUACGAUUUUGUAAAUGAACUUGUCAGCCCUAAUGUUCAUUUAUAAAAUCAAAUCGGAAUUGAUAAGUGCUGGGACAUUGCAACGUUUGAAUGGCUUGAGUAAGUAAUCUUAGAAUUGAAAGAUUAAGUGUAGUCUGUAGUUGCGUCAGAGUUUAAGAAUCAUGUACCUCUCUGUUUACUAUAAACCAUAGGUUUCUUGGAACACUGUAGUUUUUCGAGACAACCAUCUCACCACCAAAGCUAGGACUGGGAAGUAUAGUUGGAUCAUAGUUGAAUUAAUCUACUUAAGCCUUUUCCUUUUUAUAUGUACAAGCUGUACUAUAGCCAUCAUGAUUGUAGAUUGUUGGUUUAGGGUGAUAGGAAUUGCAACCUUUGUUGUUUUCUAAAUUUACAGUUUCGCAUGGGCUGGAAUCAGCAGACCAGAGAAAAUGUAAUUGGUUUAUUCUUCAUUUCAAGGCUACUCUUUUGCCUACUUUCUACUGCAAGAACCACCUGGAUUGAUAUGCUUUAAUUUUUUAAGAUUUUUAAAAAUGUAGUUGAACUUGUUCAGGAAUAAAGUG